UACUAACCAACUAAACUGAAAAUGGCGCUGCAAAUCCACAGUCCCUCAUCCUUCACCAGCAAACCCUAUCAUCAUCUUCCUCACACUCCUCUGCUCCACUUUUCAGUCAGAACCCAAUUCACAGUCAAGUCACAGACACCAUCAGAGCCGUCCAAGUCCGAAGCUGAGACCACCCAGGCCCCACCCAAGAAACCCACCUCAGCUGGGCUCGGCUUUGGGUCAUCUCCUUCUUCUCCAACCACGCAGAAUGUGACUUCUGUCCCUAAUAAGAAGAAAAGGGUAAUUCGGAGGUCACCAGUGGAAAAGCCGCUACUUUAUUCUGAAGAAGAUGAGGCUAAGGCCAAAGAGAUGGGCACAAAUGAGAGGGCUUUUGUUCUUGCUUGGUUGGGGCUUGGCGGUGUCAUUCUAGCUCAAGGACUUCUUCUCGCUGCAUCGGGCUUCCUUCCAGAAGAAUGGGACAAGUUCUUUGUGAAGUAUUUAUAUCCAUCUUUUACACCAACAGUCGGCUUGUUUGUUGCUGGAAGUGUUGUGUACGGAGUUUUGAAGUAUCUGCAGAAUGAGGAACUUAAAGUCCAGUUGCUGUCACCUAUCUCUUGCCCGCUUCUUAGAUAUUAUUAAGUUGGUUCUGGCCUCGUGACUGAAAAGUGCACUUUUCUCACCAUUGAACUGUUGUGCUUAUUACAUCAACUUAAUCCACCUCUCUCACCAUGAGAUCUGUGAUCACAUCAACUUAUUUUAUUUUUUUUUAUUAACCCUUGAACAGACACCCUACAUUAUUUUCUAUUUCUAGGUUUGGAACCUGUGAAGGUGGUCUGCAUCUUUUUUUACAAGUUAUAACCAAUCAGUCAAUCAC